GUUCUUCACUUCCGGGACAAAGACUCUACUUCCUAUUUUCCAAACUGAUCGAUGUAGUGGUGUUUGAGAAGUAUAUUUUGAGCCGCAACGCAAGACCAGAAGUACCCAAAGUGCCUUAUUACAUCGACUGCAUCGUUUUGCUUCAAACGAAGGCGACCAAGACGCUCAGACUCAGCGGGUUUUCUACUGGCUUUGAUUUUGCGACUCCUGACACUGGUCCAGCUUCCGGGAUGUCAAAUUUUACCAUGAGUAAACAUUUCCCUUUCCGGACAUAGUUUUCGGCAGUGAUGAAGGGAAAUCUGUACUUCUGAGUUGUGUCCAGACACACACGACAUCAUGCCGGUCUCCCAGGACAUCGUCAAGCUGGCCAUCGAGUUCCCCGGCUCGGGGAAGAUGGCCCAACUUGUUGAUUUUGACCAGAAAAAGCCGCUGGUAGCGAUCAUCCGGGACGUGUGCGAUGUAUGGCAGGUGCCCAGCUCUGAGCAGUAUGCACUUCAGUACUCAGACAACACUCAAACAUACAUCACAGAAAAGAACCGUAAUGAGAUCAAAAAUGGAACCGUGCUGAAACUCACCACAUCUCCGUCUAAAACAGCAGCAGAUAUUGUGGUGUGUAUGAAGGGAGAGGACUCAGUAGAGAAGUGUAAGGCCUUACAGAAGCUGGCCAAGAUCUCGGCUGAUGUCACGUUUGCCAGCGAGUUCAUCUCCAGGGACGGAGUCCCUCUUCUUGCUGGGAUGGUGGAAAAUGGAUCUGAAACUGGAGAAAAUUUAGCCUUCAUCCUGACUGCCUUUCUGGAACUGAUGGACCAUGGAGUGGUGUCCUGGGAUAUCCUCACUCCUACAUUUGUCAAACGAGUGGCCACCUCUGUAAAUAGACAUUCCGCUGAUGCUACUAUCCUGCAGAAGUCUCUCGCUAUACUAGAAUCUAUUGCCCUGAAUAGCUAUGAGCUCUACAAGUUAGUGUCCAGUGAAGUCACGUUUGGAAACCUCAUUUCACACAUUCAGAGCUCCAACCAGGAGAUCCAGUGUAACGCUGUGGCCUUGAUCAAUGCCUUGUUCCUCAGAGCACCUGAGGAGAAAAGAAAGACGUUGAGUGACAACCUGAAUGCCAAGCAGAUCAGGAAUGUUAUAUUGAAUCAUGUGAUCCGGGGUCCGCGUCAGGUGGGUACAGAGAUGGCACACCAGCUGUAUGUGCACCAGACACUGUCCUUCAACCUGCUAGAGGAACGCAGGAUGACCAAACUGGACCAAAAUGACCAGUCACUGAAGGAACAGAUAAUGGAGUUGAGAAAAGUGGCCUUCGACAAUGACCAGGACCCAUCAGGCUCCAUGCCACCUCCCAGGAAACCAGCUGAGAAGUUCACCAGGGACUACAAGAAACUGGGCUUCACGAAUUACACAAACCCUGCCUUAGACUUCCUGGAGACCCCUCCAGGUGUACUUGCACUUGACCUCAUGGUGUAUUUUGCUAAAUACCAUGCUGAAAGCUAUACAAAGCUUGUCCUGGAAAACUCCUGCAGACAAGACGGUCACGAAUGUGCCUUUGGGAAAAGUUCAAUAGAGCUUACCAAGAUGCUGUGCAAGAUCCUUAAAGUUGGGGAAAUACCCACAGAGACAGGGCAGGAGUACUACCCCAUGUUCUACACCCACGACAACGCUUUCGAGGAGUUCUUCUGUAUCUGCAUCCAGCUGCUCAACAAGACAUGGAAGGAGAUGAGGGCAACACACGAGGACUUUAACAAGGUGAUGGACGUGGUGCGGGACCAGAUCCAGCGUGCGCUCGCCGAGAAGCCCAACUCGCUGGAAGGCUUUAAAACCAAGCUGCAGGGCCUGAGCUACGCCCAGAUCACCAAGAUGCGCAUCCAGGAGAGAUCCAACAAGGAGGAGUGGGACUCCCAGGCCAGACCCGUGUGUGAGCUGAGAGAACAGAUUAAACCUGAAAUCAUCAACCUGGUCAAACAACAGAGACUGAAUUAUCUGGUGGAAGGGACACUGUUUAACAAGUUCACCAAUAGAAGAGUCAAAGACAAGUUUUGGUACUGCAGACUCUCUCCCAACCACAAGGUUCUCCACUAUGGGGAUGCGGAGGAGAACUCCAACCCUCCAAUAGAAAUGCUUCCAGAAAAGAUCCCUAUUUCAGAGAUCAAGGGCAUUGUCACAGGGAAGGACUGUCCUCACAUGAAGGACUUCAGAAGAGCCAAGGGUGUGACUACUCUGGCCUUCGCUGUCCUGUAUGACCCUGACCAGUCUUUGGAUUUCGUGGCACCCAAUGAGACACUUUAUUCCAUUUGGACUGAUGGGAUAAAUGCUUUGCUGGAUAAAGAGAUGGUGAGUGAAGAGAUGAAGAACGAUGUGGAAACCCUGCUCAGUAUGGACAUGAAGCUACGUCUGCUGGACACAGAGAACGUCCCCAUCCCUGACAAACCCCCUGACAUGCCUCCAGACCCCCCUAACUUCGACUUCUGCUAUGACUUCAGCUGAACCUCUUCCAGGCAUCACUUUACACGUACCAUAGUUAGGUAUUUUCAUUUCUUUACUACUGUAUAUUAAACAUUCAUUUAGUUCUGUAAUGAUUCAAAACAAAUCUUGAUUAAAGUUGGUUAUCAUUUUCUGUAACAGUGUACCAUACAUGUAGGUUAAUAUGAAUUUAUGUAAAUAGUUUUUAAGAUAUGAUAAUUCAGAUUGUAAAUUGUUUAAUGACGAUUCAUUCCAACUUAUACAUGUAAGUUAAAUUAGUCAUUUAGCCUUAAACGCUGAAAGGAAUGAUACUGAGAACUUUGGAACUUAAAAAAGUUUAUAACAAACUAUUUUCACCCAGGUUUGAAAGAACUCCACUGUAUGUUGCAAACUAACAGAUGAUGCUGGCUGUGUGUCAUUUUUGAUACAGUUGUUCUGGAUAUGGUUAACUUUUCUUGCUACUAUGUGGGAGUCCCAUGAAGUUGCCCUGUAAGCAUUCCACAUGUUAUAAUGUGUCACACUUCUCAAAACGACAUGUAUUGAAUUGUACAUGUCACUGCUGUCCAGUAUCUAUAUUGUGGUUAUUCCAUUACUUGUCAUUGAGAAAUUUUAUUAUGAAACAUCAACUGGUAUUACUUGUACUGGCCCUAAGAGUGCAAAGUUGCAUCUCAUUUUAAAACCUAUAGCUACCACUCGAUCUGGUUCACAUUUUUUUCUUAAUUUGUAGAGGGAGAAGAAAAAUAUUUCACAUUCAAACAGACCCAGGAAGUCUCAUCAUGUGGAACAAAAUGUUGUGCCAAAACUUGUGGUCUCCAAACCUGUGAAAAGCAUGUGUUUCUACAGUUGUUGAAACUAAAGUACUGACACGUGAUUUGCAGUGAUGUACUUUUUAACAGCAAGUAUGGUAAUAUUCAUGGGAGUACAGUAUGUGUGUAUUCGUUCAUCUGGCUAGUAAGGAUGUUUGCUCUUAUAAUGAUGUUGGUUAGCACUAAGAUGUAAUAUUCUGUCUGAAUUGACAGGAAUGUCUGUAAUUUUGCUACAUGUAGGCUAUGCAUAAUUCUUACAUGUAAUAUCAGUAAAUACAGUGAAGGGUAAGUAGUACUCCUACAUUAGGAAUAUUGACUUGGGGGAAUAGGAUUCUGUAAUCAUGCUGUUUCUGUAAAGUAUUUGUGAAUGUUGUUUCAUAAAGAAGACAAAUACAAGUGGAAGUAAGCAGUCCUAACGUUGAUCACAUAUAUACGUGUAGGAUACUCAAGCAAAACAGUAUAAUAUUCCGAAAUAAUGAUUAACAUGGUGAAAGCUACAUGUAUUUUAAUUAUUUUGUGAGGAUGAUAUGCAUUACCAUUGUUGCUUAACAUGUCAGGAAAGCUCUAUCUUUUAUGCACAUCAAUAAAAUACUUUUAUUCUAGUGUCA